CUAAAAUCCCCCCCUCUCUCUCUCUCUCUCUCACUCUCACUCACUCGCAGCGCCCCAUUUUCAGAGCAACCCUCUGCCCCGGUCUCUCUCUGUCCUCCCUCCUACGUCUAGCGCCCCGGAUCAAACUCCUCCCUCUGCAGCGUCCACCCGCCCCCCCCCCCCCCCUCUUCCGUUUUCGUUCUCGUCGACGCCUCGCCACGUUGUUCCUCUCCGUCCAUCUCUCUUUCUCUCUCUCGGUAUCCCCCUGUCUGAGAACUUUCAGCGGCCGAUUUUUAGCUAACAGGAACUAACUCCCUGAUCCUCUGGGUACAGGGCGUUAAACAACACGUCAUCCCCUCGACCGCCAACGCAAACAAAAUAUCUACCUUGCAAAUGAUUGACUAAGAACCAUGAAUGUACAGGAAACUUUCCGCUGUUUGUGAAACUCUGGUUUUCAUUUUGCAUUUUCGAGCUCCCAUGAUUUGGUUCUGUGACAUCAAAAUCAUCUUCUUCCUCUUCUACACGAAGAGGGGUACAAAACACUCGUGGAAACAAGCUAAACAGGUUAUUUUUAGCGAGGCACACCUUCUAUUUGAUAUAAAGCGUUCUGCAAUUUGCACGAUUAGAAACUUUCGGUUUGAAUGUAUAGUGGCUUCUCAAGGAGUGGAAGUUUGUUGUCUUUCUGUAUGAAGUGUUGGUGGUUAUUAUAACAGCCAAUAUUCGGGAAUGUCUUACUCAUGGGUUCGAGACAUUUCAGUCCGGAAGAGGCAUUAUGGUCUUGCUUGUCUUCUUCAUGCAAGGACUUUUCUACCCAACCGUGUGACUGGUCCAAUCCAAAAUUUCUUGAAACGUAAUGACCACCUUCAUUCUAUAGCUCAUUCUGGUCAAGCCAUCAAGAUGGCAACAGAAUCACUAUGUAGUGGCGCCGUUAUCAAUGACAACCAAAGCACAUCUUCCGUUUCGGAUUUCUCCAAGAUGAUCUUGAGCAUGCGUCCACCUAGUGUGGUUCAGCCUAAGGCGGGACUUUGCAUGCUGGCUGAAAAUGAACGGUUGGAUCCUGAUUCGUGUAAUCAUGCAAGUGGUCUUUCAGAAGAGUCAUGUGUGGAUGUGGAUUUCAGAUCUGAUGAUGAGGAUGGCGAUACCGGAAAUGAAGUAAAAGGCAUGUUCAAAAAACCCGUGGAUUUCACCAAGAUUGACAUUAACUUGCUUCCAACUGUAAUAAUAGUUGGGCGCCCAAAUGUGGGCAAGUCAGCGCUGUUUAACCGUUUAAUUCGGAGGAGGGAGGCUCUUGUUUAUAAUACACCGGAUGAUCAUGUUACUCGGGAUAUAAGAGAAGGUGUUGCCAAGUUGGGUGAUCUGCGAUUUAGAGUGUUGGAUUCGGCUGGCUUAGAAACAGCAUCAUCUUUGGGGUCUAUUCUUGACCGAACUUCAAGAAUGACAGCAAAUGUGAUAGCAAGGUCUCAGUUUGCAGUAUUCCUCAUAGACAUGAGAGCUGGACUUCACCCUGAUGUGGAGGUUGGAAAGUGGCUACGUCGACAUGCCUCCGGAAUCAAGCUUAUAGUAGCAAAUAAGUGCGAAUCAGUUUUUGAUGGUAGUAGAUCUCAAGGCGCUGCUGAUGAAGCCUAUAGGUUAGGAUUUGGGGAUCCUAUUGCUAUAUCUGCUGAGACUGGACUGGGUAUGACAGAACUUUAUGAAGUUCUUAAACCUAUGCUCGAGGAUUAUAUGCUUCCAGUCUUAAAUGAUGGAGCUAAUCAAGGCAAUGGUGAGGACAAUGAGUCUAGUGAAGUUGAGGAAAGUAAGCUGCCAUUACAGUUAGCAAUUGUAGGACGGCCUAAUGUUGGAAAGUCAACCUUGCUGAAUACAUUGUUAGAAGAAGAUCGUGUUUUGGUGGGUCCAGAAGCUGGCUUGACAAGAGAUUCAAUUAGGGAACAUUUUGAAUUUCAAGGAAGAACAAUAUAUCUGGUUGAUACAGCAGGUUGGUUGCAAAGGACAAAACAGGAGAAAGGACCAUCAUCUUUGAGCAUUGUCCAGUCCAGAAAGAGUCUAAUGAGGGCUCAUGUAGUUGCUUUGGUCCUUGAUGCAGAUGAGAUUGUAAAAGCUAGACGAAGUAUGAAGCAUGAUGAAGUGGUUAUAGCAAGAAGAGCAGUGGAAGAAGGGCGUGGUUUGGUCGUGAUCGUGAACAAGAUGGAUCUUCUAAGCGGGAAACAAAAUAAGAAUUUAUAUGCAAAGGUUAUGGAAGCUGUCCCUCUAGAAAUCCAGACAAACAUACCCCAGGUUACAGGAAUACCCGUUGUGUUCAUUUCAGCAUUGGAGGGAAGGGGCCGGAUAGCUGUCAUACGCCAGGUUAUUGAUACAUAUGAAAAAUGGUGUCUAAGAUUGUCUACAGCUCGUCUCAAUCGUUGGUUGCGCAAGGUUAUGAGCAGGCAUUCUUGGAAAGAUCAGGCUGCACAGCCCAAGAUCAAAUACUUCACCCAGGUGAAGGCCCGACCACCCACUUUUGUUACCUUUGUGAGUGGGAAGAAACAACUCUUGGAUACAGACCUCAGGUUCCUAACAAAAUCAUUGAAGGAAGACUUUGAUUUGGGUGGAAUUCCCAUCCGGAUCAUGCAGCGGUCUGUUUCAAGAAAAGAUACAGGUAGUGCUAGCAAGAGCGGUCAGUCCUCUGGCAGAUCGUCUUGAAAGAUAUGGUCUGGCAAGAGAGUUGUCUCUUCUUAAGUGCAAUUUUAAUUUGCAUUGGGCACGAGUUAGUUUGAUCCCCCAUUUUAAUCUAUCCGCUUGAUUACAAUUUCUUUGCGCAAAUUUGGCUUGUACGGGUGAAAAUAUUGCAAUUUCAUUUGUUCAA